CCGGUGCUGGAAGUACAUAUACACGGUGUGCGCCCGUUUCCGGUCGCCCGGUCGCUCUCGCUGGUCGUUUUGUGUGUGUGUGUUUGUGUGUGCGCGCAUUUGGCGACGUGUGAAAACCCAUCUGAAAGCGAACGAAACGCAUUGGACAAGUUGACGUGUGGUGUGACGUACUGCCAGGUUUAGCAGGUGGUUUAGUGUUUUAGUAAGGGCUGACCGCGCGAAAGAUUAGUCCUUACCUCGUGCGAGCUAAUCUUGUUGUACGAUGAGCGAAUGCACCUUUGGCUGUUGCGGUAGUUUCCACUGGUGCAGCACUGUGUGUUGAUGCCUGAUCGAUGUGAAGUUAAUGCCAUUUUUCCCAACAGAGGUCGCCUCCAUCACGAUGAGGUUAACCUGUCGGAGUUUGUGGUUGAGGUUUGGUUGAAGAUUAGCUGUAACCACCUUGGUGACUAACUAAUCGCAUAAAGUGUUAGUGUAUUUGUUUGUGAUGAGUGUGUGUGUGCACCACGAUGAAUAAUGGAAGUGGAGUGAAAGAGUUUGUGUGGUGCGUGUGUGAUGUAGCUGAUGAAAUCUGCCUUGCCUUGCGGGAGAUAAAUAAAUGUCAAAUGUGACAGGUGCGAUCGAUCGCAACUGUCAAAUGCAAGCGCGUGCGGUUAUAGCAAUUAGUGAGUGUGUCGGAAGGAGUGCUCUCGUAGUAAGAGAGUGAAAAAUCCCACCCUCCCCACCCGUGGGAGCUAGUGCCCCGUUUGGUGAACAUGUGCGAGGGAUAAUCCUUUCCUGCAGUUUCCCGGGUGAAGAAGAAGGGUGGUAAUGGUGAUUUGAUGAUGGUGUCAAGCAGUCAAAUGGUUUGAAGAGAUUUGCACAGCGCACUAAUGCUGCUACAGGAGCAGGUGCGGAAGAUCUCCGGCAAGGUUAGCGAGAAGGCUUAAGACCGGGUGAGGUUAAUUGAGAGGAAAACAGAAAGAGAGAAACAGCAAAUCCGCCAAAUAUCGCCAGUUGCCUUAGUACGCGAAUCCACAACUCCACCGGCUGUCGGAUUAGUUCCCGUGGAUUGGCAUUGGUUUGAGCGGAAAAGUGAAGCAGGGCAGCAGCAAGCAGUGGUAGUAGUAAUCGAUUCGUGGCUCAGAACAAUAGCCAAUUCGAGCAGGAUGUGCUGUCGAUGCGUGGCGUGAACCAUACAACGGGGAAAUCCAGGAAGGAGGCAAAAAAAAAGUAAAAGCAAGAAGCGAUUUCGUCCGACGACUGUCGAUUCCAGCUGUCUGGUUGCGUUGCCGAAGGAAAUUUAUAGCCGAUUGUGUAGCGAAUAAAGUGAACCGGCGGGCCGGCAACACCACGUUUGAACAUCGACAUCGAAGCGAGACGGUUUCGGUGUGCGAGCCCGGCACCAAACACACCAGCGCUCGCGUUGCCUUCAUGUCCGGCAAUGAAUCCGGUGCGAAGCAAUCUGCAUAGCCGCUUUUACUACAUCGCAUCAGAACAGUUGGGCGCUACCCUCGUCCCACCGAUGUCCGUUCGUGGCCCGUUCGUCCGUCGUUGCGGUUCGGCCAGUGCAUCGGGCUCGGUCUGAGGUCGGGUGCACCGACUUUCCCCGCGGCAACCAUUAACGGUGGAGCGACGGCCGAGGGGCGGAGGCGCAGGCUCGCCUCGGAGCCGGGCAGAUCAAAGGCACAGUCCCUCCGGGCAGCGAAGAUGGCGAAGCACCAUCGCAUCCCGACGCUGGCGGAAAACAUCAACCGGUCGCCGCGGCUAAGCUACCUCGCCUCCCACUCGCAGUCAGCCUCGUUCAUGAGCGAGGGCGGCGAAAUCACGGAGCUGAUGGCGCUGGACGAGUCGGAAAAUCUGCUGCACGAUCGGACCGCCUCGGUGCAGGUGAUCAGUGGCAGCGGUGGCGCGCUCUGCGGCAGUUAUGGCAGCAGCUACGCUAGCGGAACGCUGGCGGGGCCGCUAACGCCGGGUGGACGGAUGCUGGUGGGUGGUAACGUCGUGGCGGCGGCCACUGCAAUCAACGGGGGCGGUGGUGUGAAUGCCGGCGGCAUCAGUCCGGGUGUGGGCAGCUACGGCGAGGGCAGCGAGCGGUUGGAGGAGCUCGGCAUCCCUUUCAACGAGCAGCUGAUGUACGGUGCGGUCGGCGGUAAGCUGCUAACGGGCUCGCCCACGGUGACGAUCCUGGAGAUGGCGGGCGGCGGUGGACAUGCGGCACUGAGGCAGAAAAACUUUAAGCGCAAGUCGACGGCAACUGCCGCGAUGGUGGCGUCGGGUGAGCAGACGUCCUUGAAUGCGAUCGGGCUGCAACUAUCGGUGGACCGGGGUGGACCGCAGGAGUGGGGCGAAGCGACCCGCAGCUACGUUAAAGCCCAGCGGCGUCAUGCCGGACGAGCGACCUUCCAGGGCCAGGUGUACAACUUCCUCGAGCGUCCGGCCGGCUACAAGUGCAUUGUGUAUCACAUCUCUGUAUUUUUGCUCGUUUUAGUGUGUCUGAUAUUUAGCGUAUUGUCGACGAUAG